AUGCAAGCCCGCAUAUUGUCCAUUUCCACAGAAGAAUCGUUCUCCUCAAAAUGGUGCAACAUGGAAAUCCCCAACCUCGAAGUUCUAAUCUUAAACUUGAUGUCGAAAACCUACACUUUACCCCAUUUCUUAGCGGCAAAUCCAAAAUUAAAGAGUCUAAACAUCACAAACCACGGUUUAUACCUUACAGAAUUCAACAAUUUCCAUUUUCUUACCUCUUCACGCAAUCUAACAAGGAUCCGACUCGAACGUGUUGACAUAAGUCCAUCCAUUUUAUCACUCAUAAGCCUGCAAAAAGUAUCCUUAAUAAUGUGCAAAAUUGGCAACACUUUCAAGAACCUCAUUACCAAAACCCCAAAUAUCUGGCCACAGUUAGUUGAAAUCGAGAUCGAUUACUGCCAAGACUUGGUCGAAUUCCCGGGGACAUUAUGUAACAGUGACCAUCUCAAGAAGAAUAGCAUCACAAACUGUAAUGAUUUGUGUGGGUUUUCUGAAGAAUUUGGGGAUUUGAUUAAUUUGGAAAUGCUUAGUCUUCGUUCUUGUAUGAAAUUGAAGAAAUUGCCUGAAUCGAUAUGGAGACUUAAAAACUUGAGUGUUCUUGAUAUUUCAGAUUGUUUGAACUUGAGUGGGUUGCCGAAAAAAAUGGGGAAAUUGGGUUGUUUAAGGAAGAUUUAUAUGAAAGGUUGCAGCGGAGUACAUGAGCUACCAGAAUCUGUGGAGGAGCUGUCUCAUGUACGUGUGGUAUGUAAUGAAGAAGUAGCUUGUAAAUGGCGGGAGUAUAGCAAUGUGGAGAUUGAUUUGGUGGAAGAAGAUCCAUUAGAAACACUUGAGAGAAUGAUGUCGCUUUGAUGCUGCAUAUAUAAUUUGUUUAGUUGAGUGCAUAUUUUCUUGUAUGUUGAUCUUCAAACGAAUGAGAUGAC